AUGUUCAUAUCUAUCUAUCUAUCUAUCUAUCUAUCUAUCUGCUCUAUCUAUCUAUCUAUCUAUCUAUCUAUCUAUCUAUCUAUCUAUCUAUCUGGGUCUGCUCAUAUCUAUCUAUCUAUCUAUCUAUCUAUCUAUCUAUCUAUCUAUCUAUCUGGGUCUGUUCAUAUCUAUCUAUCUAUCUAUCUGGAUCUGUUCAUAUCUAUCUAUCUAUCUAUCUAUCUAACUAUCUAUCUAUCUAUCUAUCUAUCUGGGUCUGUUCAUAUCUAUCUAUCUAUCUAUCUAUCUAUCUAUCUAUCUAUCUAUCUGGGUCUGUUCAUAUCUAUCUAUCUAUCUAUCUAUCUAUCUAUCUAUCUAUCUAUCCGUGUCUGUACAUAUUUACGCCAGUCUACUUAUAAUCUUCUUUCUUUCUUUCUUUCUUUCUUUCUUUCUUUCGUUAAUUCUUUCUUUUACUAUAACCUCCGCAUCUACAUUCUUCUCCAUAUAUUCGUUUCGUACGCACGUACGUACGCCGUCACACCAACAACGUGUUUUCUUCUGUCCCGUCUUCCUCACAGACUCGCUAUAUAUGCCCGCGUCGGGGGCAACUAA